AAAAAGAGAAAUUCAACCCACAAUAGUCCAAAAAGGGGAACAACCGAACCACCUCCCCAACUGCAGAUCAUCACCAAAACCCUCACUAAAUUCCGUCGAUUCUCACUCCAAAAAUUGCUCAUCUCAUCAGAUUCGCCAUGGCAUCAAAUGGAGCUCCACUCGGAGAUGCUGAUACGCAGACAAGCUUGGAGAAGAUCAAAAGGCAGCUCGCCUCGAGCUCCGGCCGACAACUCCUUCAGGGGCCCCUCUUAAAGCGAUCCGAAACGCUACGGAAGUGGAACGAGAGGUGGGUGAUUUUAGACCCAACAACUGGGAAGAUGGAAUACAAGGUCAGGAGAAAUGAGCCGGCAGUAAAAGGAACCAUAACAUUUGAUGCAAACAGCACUAUCACAAUUUCUCCUGUGAACUUCCAGGGACUACCAAAGUAUGAUGGAUGUUGCUUCUAUAUUGGGACACCACAGAAAAAGGAUUAUUUUCUUUGUGCAGAGACUCCUGCUGCUACCAGAGCUUGGGUGUCAACACUACACGCAACUCAACUGGUUCUCAAGGCUCACAAAGAAGCGGUGAACACCUUAAGUGGAAAUGGAUCCACGAAGUUAGGAACGGUUGCCACCGUUGUUGCUGCUGCAAAUUCAACAGCACUGGAAGCUUCUAAAGAAAUUGAAGCUGCCAUGCAAGUUUCUAUGAGGAAUGCCUUGGGGGCUAUGAUGAAUAAGACACCUGAUCUUCCGAUGGAUGAUUUAUCAAUCAUGAAGGAAACGUUGAGGGUCAAGGAUGAAGAGCUGCAAAAUUUGGCAAGAGAUGUUCGUGCUAGAGAUUCAACCAUAAAGGAAUUGGCAGAGAAACUAUCUGAGACCGCUGAAGCUGCAGAAGCUGCGGCCUCUGCUGCCUAUACCAUGGAUGAGCAAAGGAGAAUAGCAUGUGCAGAGGUUGAGCGUCUGACUAGAGAUUCAGAGAAACAAUUUGAGUCAUCUAAACAGAAGAUUAGAGAGCUGGAAGAGAAAAAUCAGAAUCUGAGCAGAGAGAAAGAUCAGCUGAUAGAGGAAAGGGAUUCGGCCAUUCGGGAAGCUCAUUUGUGGCGUUCAGAGCUCGCGAAAGCUAGAGAGCGUGCUGUCAUAUUAGAAGGAGCAGCCGUUCGAGCUGAAGAGAAGGUCAGAGUUACAGAGGCUGAUGCUGAAGCACGACUAAAGGAAGCAAUCGAAAAAGAGUCAACUGCUGCUAAUGAGAAGCAAGAAUUACUUUCAUAUAUCAAUGCCUUGCAAGAACAGCUGAAAAGGCAGCAGAUGGAAACCCGAGAAGUGUUUGCAGAGAGGACUGAUUCUCGCUCGAGUAUAGGUGGUGAUUUACCACUAACAAAGCAUGUGGAUCCGUCACAGGAGAAUGUCGAUAAAGCCUGCCUGAGCGUUUCAAUGACAUCAUCGCCUGCAGAAUCAGAUCUCCAUUCUAUCCGGGAGAGUGAAUGGAGCGACAUCCAAACCACAGAGGCUAGGAUAGCUGAUGUGAGAGAGGUUGGUCCCGAUGCAGAAGAGCACAGCCUCGAUAUCCCUGUUGUAACUUUCCCGACCAAUGGUCAUCCAGAGCACGAUUCUUCUCAUCAGCCUUAGAGAAUCGCAGGACAGCUCCACUCCCUUGACGUUUGCCAAUUUUCUUGAGUGUAGCUUUUUUUUUACUCAAAUCUUGGCUCGUUGCUGCUGUUGGUAGAUGAUUAAUGCGUUGCAUCUUUUGGUAAUUUAAGGAAUUUAACCCGUGCUUGGUAUCCUUUGAGUGCAAAUAGUCUUGAUAAUCAAAGAUGUUGAAACAUACAGAUGAAUAUUACUGUAAACAGAUAGAUGAUAACCAGUUUUCUAUCAUUUUCAUUGCUCU